AUUAAAUUAAAAGUAUUGUAGCCGGUAAAGAAAAAAACAAGUAAACCGAAAUCAGUAAGAAUCAAUUCCGGUUAAGAAUAAAAUGCCAGUUCUCGUUAUCGGGUAUCCCAUUAAAAUUGGGAAGGCCCUAAGCAAGCGGCCCAUUUUGGGCCCGUUUAGUUGUGAAACAAGUCGUUUUGCCCAAAAAUAAAAUAAAAUAAAAAUUCCGAACAGAGUGGCAUCACCGGAGAUGGAGACAAUAUCGGCGGAAGACGUUGGCAUCGGCGUUGAUCUAUUCCCGGCGCUCUCUCCUCUCACCUUCUCUCUCUACGACUCCUUCCUCUCCUCUCACUGCUCAUCCUGCUUCUCCCUCCUCCCCCACCCGCCGCACCAUCUCUACUGCUCCCUCGUCGACGAUUCUCCCACCGUCUCUCCUCCGGACCUAUCCCCGAUUCUCUCAGCCUCCGACAUCCGAGCAGCUCUCCGUCUCCUCAACUCCAUCUCCUCCUCCUCCGCCGCCGCCUCUUUGCCGCACCGGUUCGGCGGCCUUCUCACCAACCACCACCGCCUCAUGGCCGAUUCUUCCUUCUCCGUCGCUAUCCGACGCGCCGCCAGUUUCAUCUCCGCCGUUCUGAGGUCUGACCGGAAAGACACCGUGUUGGAGGAAGCGGCUAUAUGCUCUGUGCUAACGAACGCCGUGGAGGUGCAAGAUAGAGCCGGAGUUGCUUUAGGGAUCGCAGUUUAUGGCUCGCGAUUCUCUUGGAUCAACCACAGCUGCUCUCCGAACGCUUGUUACCGUUUCGUGAUCUCUCCUCCUCACAGCACCACAACGCCGUCGUUUCAGGAAACUCUUCCUCGCAUCACCACCAACACAGACAAGGAACAUUUUAGCAGCAAUUACGAAGGUACAGUGAGAUAUGGACCAAAGGUAAUUGUUAGAAGCAUCAAGGGGAUCAAGAGUGGUGAAGAGAUUACUGUAUCAUACAUCGACUUAUUGCAACCAACGGGAUUGAGACAGUCAGAUUUGUGGUCCAAAUAUCGAUUUAUUUGUAACUGUGGAAGAUGUGAUGCAUCACCUCCAGCUUAUGUGGACUAUAUUCUAGAGGGAGUUGUUGCCUUGGAGCAUGAUAUAACAACCGUUGGUCAUCAUGACCGAGCCGCCACAGUUGGAAAGAUGACCAAUCACAUCAAAGAAGCCAUAGAUGAUUUUCUAUCAGACGACAUUGAUCCUGCAACAUGUUGUGAGAAGAUUGAGGGUGUUCUCCAUCACGGCAUUCUGGAUUCUUCUUCACUGCGGUUACAUCCAAGUCACCAUGUCGCUCUGCAUGCCUACAUUACUCUGGCUUCUGCUUACAGAAUCCGUUCGUUUGAUUCUGAAACUGAUGACGUUGGGAGGGCUUUUGAGAUGAGCAGGAUAGGUGCAGCUUACUCUCUCUUCCUCGCAGGUGUCUCUCACCAUCUCGUCUCCGCGGAACUUUCUUUUGCUAUCUCUGCUGCAAAUUUUUGGACCAGAGCUGGAGAGUGCUUGUUGGAGCUUGCCUCCAAGUUUUUCAUGAAGUCUUCUUCCGGAGAAUAUGAUGAUGAUGUCAAGUGCAGAAAAUGUCUUAUGCUUGUUGAGAACCAUGGAGAAAUCAAAGAAAAUUUUAACCAGAUUCUCAAGUGUGCAGUCACCGACAGCUCACAAGCCACAUGGAGUUUCCUCACUCGCGGUUGCCCUUACCUGCAAAACUUUAAGAGUUCAAUUGAUUUCAGCUUGAAGGGGACCAAUUGCAAGAGAGAAGAAUCGAAGAGUGUAGACCAAAGGGUAAGCAUUCUCCUACUCUCUUUUCAUUGCUUACUCUAUGCAGACCUUCUGACUGAUUUAUGUUACGGUCGGAAGUCACAUUCGGUGUCUUAAUCUGUAGCUUUGAUUUUGAGGAUUAUGUAUUUUUUGUAUUGUGUCAUGUCAUCUGUUAAUUAAUUUGAUUCAAGGAAAUGUGUACUCACAGGAAAACUGUUAAAAGACCAGGGAAAUUUACACUUGACAAGAAAAGUCAUUUUUGA